AUGAGGAUGCGGUCUCAAACGAUUUCCCAAGAUCCUCUCAAUCGCUCGAGAGGAGAAAUUGUUUUGGAAGUAACUUUCGCUAUUCUGGUUUGCCUCGCUUCCGUACUUGGUAAUGUGCUGGUUGUUUAUGUUAUUAAUAGAUACUCUGAGAUGCAAACCAUCACCAAUAUUUUCAUUCACAAUCUUGCACUGACUGAUGUCUUGAUGGCGACCCUUAGCAUGCCUUUCUGGAUAACGAGCUUGUACACGGGAAAGUGGAAUUUGGGCCAAGAAUGGUGUGAAUUUUCUGCAUCAGUACAACAAACCAUGGGUUUGGCCUCCUUGCUCAAUUUGGGCUUAAUUGCUCUGAACAGAUACGUAAAAGUCGUCAAGCGAGCUUUGUAUACGAAGUUCUUUCCCAGUAAAAGAGUUACUUGGUUGUACUCUGGUUUUGUCUGGCUGGUUUCUUUGCUACUAGCUACGCCUCCAUUGUACGGAUGGGGAAAAAUGAACUUCGACUCAGAUUCCUUUAUUUGUGUCUUCAACUGGAGGAAUGAAAACGUUUCUUUUCUCAUAUUGCAUGCAGGGGUCUUCAACGUGACAACCUGUGCGAUAAUUUACUCCUACUGGAAAAUUUAUCGCACAGUUAAAGAAAGCACGGAUAAUGUCAACGCCAAUGUUGUACAAAAUGGCGUCGGUGCACAAAGGUUUCAUCGCACUGACAUCGAUGUUUUGAAGAGUUGUUUCACAGUGGUUUGUUUCUUUUUAAUUACCUGGGGUCCAAUGGGAUUAGUCUGUUUUAUAAUUACUGUUGGAGGGCAUAUUCCACAUAAAGUGCUUACGGUAUCUGUGUAUUUGUUGUUCUCCAGUAGUGUUGUAAAUCCAAUCAUCUAUGGGAUAACUAAUCCGCAGUUUAAACAGGCCUUCAAAAAGGCAUUCAGUUGUGGUCGUUUUGGAAACGAAGAUGAAGAUCAGAGUCAUGCACAAGUUACAGCUAUAAUGAUACAUCCGAGGAGCACUGAAACUUGA